UUGUAGGCUAUAUUUUGUGCGUUUUUCCCCGGGAUGUCAUAAUGACGUGUGUCUUGCUGAACAGCCCAGGCAGGUUUAGAGUCUGGGGUUAAUCAAUACAAACCGCUCACCGUUCCCCGCAGCUUCAGCAUUAUCACCCGUGUCUCAAUCCCCCGGAGCUGCCUACCUAGACAGCAUUUCGUCCAUCGUAUGCACGCUCCGAGCCAGCCGCCCAGGAAUGCAGUAGGUAAGCGCCUGGCUCGAAGCAAGUGAGACACGGCCAUUUUCAGAUUCCUAACAGCGCCUGUGCUCAGAAGAGCGCACUGGAUAGUAGGCAUGACGGAGGCCGGUCCUGCGGAGAAACUCGGCCCUCACGAUUACAAGAAGCUGGCGCGGCUGUACUGCAUGAACGGAGGGUUUCACCUGCGGCUCGCGGCGGACGGAACCGUGGCGGGUGCGCGAGAGGAAGACGAAUACAGCAUACUGCGCAUAAAAGCUACUAGUCCAGGAGUGGUGGUCAUUGAAGGAGCAGAGACAGGACUUUACCUCUCUAUGAAUGAAGACGGCAAGCUGUACGCUUCAUCAUGUGUAACAGAUGAAAGUUACUUCUUGGAGAGGAUGGAGGAAAACCACUACAACACGUAUCAGUCUCAAAAGCACGGGGAAAACUGGUACGUCGGGAUAAAAAAGAACGGAAAAAUGAAACGCGGUCCAAGAACACACAUUGGACAAAAGGCGAUCUUCUUUCUCCCUCGACAGGUGGACCAGACAAAGGACUGAGGCCUGAAACCUGAUCAUAUUUCAUCACAGAAUAACUGCUAACACGUCACAAUAAGAUCCCAUUUGUUCCCAUUCGUUAACUACUGCUCAUCCCAUUCAUUUCAUAGACCUAAACUAACAAUAAAACUACAUUUUCAUUAUCUAAUGUUAGAAAAUAUAAAUAAUACUGUAUAUUUACUGUAGAAACAAAUACUGUAGCAGAUGUAUUGCUGUAUUAAUUAUUAGGACAUUAUGGUAAAGUGAAUCACUAACAAUAACAAAAACUACUAACUACACACAAUGCAGACUCACUGUAUACUGUACUAACCCUUAAAUGGAAACUGUCCUAUUUAAAUAUGCACUGACAAAGAAAGAUAUAGUAUAUAGAAUAAAACUGCUAUUAUAGUGAUCUAUUUUUAUUUUUGAAUUGUGAAGAGUUCUUCAGUCCAAACUAACUUAAAUGACAUUUCAUGUUGUAUUUUCUUAUUAUGUAAUCAUGUGUGUCUGAUUGUGUUACAUUUUUCUGUUCAUGAGCAACUCUGAAAUAUCAAAGUUAUUGUGCUGUCAUUGGAUCAUGUUACAUAAUAAAUCUCCUCACCGACUGUA